AUGGCAGACUUGCUUCUAGUAGUGCCUGCUGAUUGUUUCAUAAUGAAGAGAGCUGGUUUUUGGUCAAAUGGAAUGCAAUUGAAGAAGCUCUUCCUGGCAGAAAGCCCCCCUAGGAGUAGUACAACAAGACAUAGAUGUGUGACAGAGAAGACCAAGGAGCUUAUUAAAGCAUCAGAGAAUGAUGAAUAUUCACAUGCUCAUAAUCAGACUGUCUCCCUAUCAGGUGGUGCUACUGAUGCCAAUCAUAGCUUAGAUAUUGGGUCACAUCAGUCAUCUGAUGAUUCUAUUUCAGAAGAACUAGGGAGCAGUGUCUUAAUGCCUAGAUCAAGUAGAGGGCCCUCAGUUGAUGCUGAUGUGAGGUAUUCAGUCUUCUCAAGCUCAAAGGCUGCCUCAUCUUCCAUGUCUCAAGGUCAUCCUUUUGCUCGAUCUUCUGCUGGAGGCUCAUUGCCUCUCAUGAGACAUUCUCCUAAGAGUGCAGGCUUACCAGAGCCACUGAUCAAAUUGAUUGUCCACAUUCAUGAGACUACAAGAGAGAAUCAUAAGCUCCUGAAAUCCCUUCUUGAAGUCAUUGAGAAAAAGCCAUUUGAUUUUGGAUCUCAUACUGAGCCUCCAUUCAGCUGUCCACAGCUCCCUGUAUUGGAUGAGGAGGGGUUGGAGAAACUGGAGCUGUGUCUUUCUGAUCAAGAUGAUAGAGAACAAAUGAAGAGACUGCUGAGUGCACUUGGAGGAAGAAGUCCUCGAGAAAUCACUGGAAGACUCCUUCAAGGCUUGAUGGCAGAUGACCUUGCAGUACAGUUCAAUUUUGAGGGAAGGGGAAGUAAACAUGCAUUUCGGGAUCUCUGCACAUUUGAAGUCCUCAUUGGAACAGCUCACAAGUAUCUUACCACUGAGCGAGUUCUGCGUCGUCUGAAAGCAAGGCCUCCAAACCGGAUAUACCGCCUUGCAGGAAGAGCACUUUCGAGUUCAGAGUACCAUGGCCUCUUGUAA